ACUGCAGAGACGUGUUUGAGUGCAAGAACUAAUUCCACAAAAAUAACUCAGAAGUCAAAAUAUUAUUUGAGUAACAAUAUAAUAAUCAACGGGUUGAUAGGACAUUGCGGAACCUUUUAUUUGUAGGCUGACGUUUACGUUGUCAGACCUGUUGAGAAUAUAAAUGCGCACAGAAUAUAAAUAUACAAGGUCAUCUAAUUCCCCCUAAAUCACCAGCAAUUGAGUUAUGAUGCAGCAGGUAGCAAACAAAGUACUAUUAAUAGUUCAUUAAAAAAAAAAUCUUUGUCUGCAACCUUGAGUAAUACAGCGCGAACAGAAAGUCAUUUGCCCAUCUGACGGAGUGUCUGAAUGAAGAACGCAUGCCAAUGAACGAGGAAGAAAAGGGUGUGCCGUCGACGCUGUUUCGGGGGGAAAUAAACUGGUUUUAAAUUGCCAACGUAAAUUACGUUGGUUUGAUAUUCGGACGCUCGUGAUGGCCAAGCCCAAGGGGUAAGAGUGUAAAGGUGACAUGUGAGUAGUGAGAAGGAUCUGUCAUUCCCUUUGACUUAAGCUUCCCGGAUGGGAAGCGGGGAAGAAAAGAGCGGGGCUGAUACGGAGAGCCAGCACUGCACGUUCUCGAAGAGCUCCUGGCUGAGAUCAUUCGCACGAGGAGAAACGAGAGGAACUCUGACAAGCUGCGAGCUCCUUUUCCCCCCGCUUUAUAUCACCAGCAACGAUGCGACUGCCUGACAGCUUGGCAGAGCUCGCGGAGAGCGGUUUUCCUCAAUCACCGGUGACUGUCUGGGCAAUUUCGAAUGGUAUGCUGAACUGCUGAUCUCGUUGAAACCAAACUGCCUGUGAUCAUCGUUACUCCUAAGAUACACUGUACUUCUUUAUCGAGUCAUGUCUUACCCAGAGCGAUGGGCAAGAUCGAUGACAACGAGAGGAUAAUCCUCAACGUUGGGGGGACCAGGCACGAGACGUAUCGGAACACGCUGAAGACCCUGCCGGGCACGCGACUGGCUCUUCUCGCCUCCGAAGCUGACACCCAGUCGGUGUUGGAUCAGCUGCAACAAGUCCCUGGCUUCAUCGAGUACAACCCGAAGAACAACGAAUACUUUUUUGACCGCCACCCGGGGGUUUUUGCCUAUGUCCUCAACUACUACAGAACCGGGAAACUUCACUGCCCGGCAGAUGUCUGUGGUCCUCUCUUCGAGGAAGAGUUGUCUUUUUGGGGUAUCGAUGAGACCGACGUGGAGCCAUGCUGCUGGAUGACCUACCGGCAGCACCGAGACGCCGAAGAAGCGCUCGACGUGUUUGAGAUAAACGUGGACAAUGGAGAGGGAGAGGACGAAGAGAUAAGUAAACGUCUGGGCAUAGAAGACGUGGUGUCUCCUGACGGUCAUGUCAGUCGCUGGAAAAAGUGGCAACCAGUGAUUUGGAAUCUAUUUGAGGAUCCCUAUUCUUCCAGAGCCGCGAGGUUUGUGGCCUUUGCUUCCUUGUUCUUCAUCCUGGUGUCCAUCACCACGUUCUGCCUGGAGACCCACGAGGCGUUCAACACCAUCAUCAACAAGACGGAUCUGAUCUGGAACGACAGCCUCCCAGACCUGGGCCCGCAGUACGAGAUCGAGACGGACCCGGCCCUGACGUACGUGGAGGGCGUUUGCGUGUUCUGGUUCACCAUCGAGUUCCUGGUGCGGGUGACGUUCAGCCCGGACAAGCUGGAGUUUGUCAAGAGUGUCCUGAACAUCAUCGACUUCGUGGCCAUCCUUCCCUUCUACCUGGAGGUGGGCCUGAGCGGGCUCUCCUCCAAAGCCGCCAAGGACGUUCUGGGCUUCCUGCGCGUGGUGCGCUUCGUCCGCAUCCUGCGGAUCUUCAAGCUGACCCGCCACUUCGUGGGGCUGCGGGUGCUGGGCCACACCCUGCGGGCCAGCACCAACGAGUUCCUGCUGCUCAUCAUCUUCCUGGCGCUGGGCGUGCUCAUCUUCGCCACCAUGAUCUACUACGCCGAGCGUAUCGGCGCCAGCCCCAACGACCCCACCGCCAGCCACCACACCCAGUUCAAGAACAUCCCCAUCGGCUUCUGGUGGGCGGUGGUCACCAUGACGACGCUGGGCUACGGCGACAUGUACCCCCAGACCUGGUCGGGCAUGGUGGUCGGGGCCCUCUGUGCCCUGGCCGGGGUGCUGACGAUAGCCAUGCCCGUGCCCGUCAUCGUCAACAACUUUGGGAUGUACUACUCCCUGGCGAUGGCCAAACAGAAGCUCCCCAAGAAGAGGAAGAAGCACAUCCCCCAGGUGCCCCAGGUGGGGUCCCCCACCUACUGCAAGACAGAGCUGAACAUGGCCUGCAACAGCACCCAGGGCGACGUGUGUCACGGCAAGGCCAACAGGGUGCUCGAGCGCAACAGAUCGGUGCUGUCAGCUGACUGCAGCGGAGGAAGUGACCUCACAAUGUCCCCCGAGGAGCGGCUCCCCAUGCGGAGGUCCAGCACCCGCGACAAGAACCGCAGAAGCGGCGGGACCUGCUUCCUGCUGGCCGCCAGCGACUAUACCUGCGCGGCAGACGGAGGGAUCAGGAAAUCAGAGAACUGCAAAGAGGUUGUGUUUACGAGUUACACACAAGCAGAGAGCAGCGCUCUGUCUUAAAGGCUGAGGGGGAAGGCACUGAACAUGACAGAAAGUAAAUAAAUAAAUAAAUGAAAUGAACACCAUCAGCGAGGGGAGAUUAAUGGAAUAUCUGACGCCGCUGUUGUCGACCGCAGAGCCGUUCCGUGUUAUUCGUGAUUUAAACCCUGCAGUCACCGUGGACGCUGGAUGUUGAGCUUAACAGCACAGCUUUUGGAGGAGGAACUCUAACUGGGAGGGCGGGGCCCAAAUGGAGAGACCUUUGGAGACUCAGUGAACCCGCUAGACUGGAGAACGGACGGGAGAGUCCUAGCCUUUGGAGAGACUGCUGUCAACACAGUCUGCAAUCAACCCCUUGGCUACUUCAACAAAUACAGCCCAACGCUGAGGACAAAUGCAUAUAUGUUGAAUAACACAUAGCACAUUGGUGAACAAACCGGUCUUGACUCCUGAUGGUAGAGGAUUGCCGACAUUGCGUACAACGACUGACGUUCAGCGUCAGCCUGGCUAUCAUACAUUAGAUUCCCGCAAUAAAUGUAUUAAGAUGUAUAAACCUGGGACAGAUUGUUCAGACACAAGAAAUAUAUAUAUAUAUAUAGACAUAGACAAAGAGAGUCGAUACAUAUAUAGAGACAGGAAAUGUGACGAGAUCAAUAAAUGUGACAUGGUCAUCAAUACUUUCUUUUAUCUCGUCAGUAAUUUGGUGGAUUCUUUGCUCUGGUGUGUUACUUAAUUAUGUGUUUAUUUAUUUAUUUUUUUAAUUCCACUGUGGGAUCUAGCAUAUUGACAGGGGAAACUGAGCAAUCUGCCGUUUGGGUGCCACUGCUAUGAACUGUCUGAGUUUUGCUGAGAGAGUGAUGUUCUUGUCAUGCUGAAAUAACAGCAAGUGGGAGGUUACAUGUGCACUUUAAUGAAGGGUAAACUUAUAUUACUAUUUCACUGGAUUCACUCACCAUACAUGUCUCUAUGCAGCUGAGACAAUGACUUCCUUACUGAGUUUGCCUACAAACUAAGGCUUGAAUUCACCUUAACCAUAACACAUUUUGUCCUUAACUCUGAGUAACAAAUUAAAAUAUUGCCUUUGUUCUCCUUUCUUAUAUGAUGUUUUUGGUUUGGUGGUCAUUGAAACAAUGAAAACACUGUAAGCUCUGAAACAUAACCCUUACUUUCACUAUAUUUGUAACUCACUGUUGAGGACAAAGUGCAUCAUGGGUAUAUUGAAUCUGGGCCAAACCCUGCUCACUGGUUGGUCCCAAGAGGUCGAGGGGACGUAGCCCGUGUGUGUGAAAUUUGGUCUUACUGCAAAGUGAUUAGACCUUGCCUUUGAAUAAAAAAUAAGCCUUCCUUGUUAUGUAAGCUGUGUUACCUUAUGAGUUUGGCAUUCACUGAAACAGUAAUAGUGGGAAAAAAAACUCAUUCUGUCCAUCAAUGAAACAAUGAUCAAGUGUAUGAUAGUUAAGGACAAACCGCUUUGCAGUAAGAUUGAAAUCUACCCAAUUUCACUGUGUACUGUGUCAUCCAGGUUUAUGGUGAGAUGAUGUGUAAUGCAUAGAGUUCUCAUUGCCUUUCAACACACCUGCAUAAAAAAUACCAUCCUGUGGUGUUGAAAGUGCAGGUUUUAGUUGCUGCAAGUCUGGGAGUUCCCAGGCAACCUCACUCAUUUCACUUCAACAUUGUCGCGUUUUGUACAAGAAAAAAAAAGAAAACACAAGAGCGAGAUUUAUGGGAUUAGGGAUACGCUACAGGUGCAUGUUGGCUUUGUUCUCCAUUUUAUGUCUUCAGUGAACCAACACAAGGAUCAAAAUCAGUUUGCAAUAAUGAUGCAAAACAUGUACCAACUUGCACUGUGAUUUUAGUUCUGUAUGAAUGGAAUUAUAUUGAAUUGCUCACUUUAUCCCUAUGAUCAUGAGGCUAUAGGAUUCUCUCUCUCCUGUGAGGAAUUUGCGUUUUUCACAUCAGCAAUUGAGAGAUUAGUAACUUCACGUUGGAGUGACUUGCACACUGACUGUGCAUACCGAACUAUUUCCACUUUACCCCCUCAAGCUCUGGGCAAAAGAACUAUCCGGAACAUGACUUUCUGUGUAUUUUGUCACCCGCUGCUUAAAUCUUUAAAAUUAUCAAGGGCACCAUCUUAAAAAAAGAAGAAGAAAAAAAAACAUUCCAGAGGAAAAUGUAUAAUUGUACUUACAUUUAAAAAGAAUAUAAAAGAGAAUUUUAUCUGAAUCAAUAUCAUGUAUUUCUGUGUCUAGUGUGGAGUGAGUAGCCUGGUUAUGUGUCUGUUUUUAAAGUCAUUGUGGUCUAAUGGUGUGCUUCUCUAUACAGUCCACAAUUGUCAAAACUAUGAUCCAGGACUUUGUUUUUUUUUUUUCUUGUUUAAUUGAUGU